AUGUCGUUUGUGCCCAUGAGUUUGACCCAAACCCCGACAAGCCGUCGGGCCGGCACCCCCAGCAACAACAUUCUGACCCCAACGCGGCAGAUCUACGCCGAUCUUGCCAUCUCGCCUAUCCAAGCAGAGCUAGCGGCCCAAAUUGAGAUCAUGCUAGAGUCUGAACAAAGCGUGAUGAUCUUUGUCCGUCUUGCGGCGCUCCUGCAGCGCCAAGAGACCCAAACCCAAGGAUCCCCAGGCGCGCUAGCCGCAGGCCUGGCCAACCUUGACACAGCCAACUGCAAGUCCCCCACCAAUGACAAGGUCCAAAUCAAGAUGUCCUUGAUGGCCUGA